AUGCCUUCCUCGUUGAAAAUGGCCUCCGGCAUCUUCCGCCAAGCUACUCGCACCAUCUCAACACUUGAGUCUGCGCAAUCACAACGCCUCGUCCCUUUCCUCCGAAACACCUCCCAAUCACAAUGCCGAGCCUACACCCAAGCCCAGCGACCUCGGUGUCAGAACACCGAGGCUGCUCUUUUCGCGCGGAAUAACUUCUCGACUAGCGCUUUCCGAGCUCGCGCGAAGACUAUGGGUCAAUUGCGCCAGCGGAACUCCACUGGCCCAUUCUCGUGGAAGGCCGCUCUUCUAUUUGUGCUUACCGGUGCGGGCAUGGUGAUCUACUUCCGUGUUGAAAAGGCCCGCCUGGAGCGGAAGCGCAUCGCCGAAUUGAGCAAGGGUGUUGGCAAGCCGAAGGUCGGUGGUCCGUUCACCCUCGUGGAUCUGGACGGCAAGGAAUUCACUGCGGAGGAUUUAAAGGGGAAAUACAGCUUUGUCUACUUCGGUUUCACCCACUGCCCCGACAUUUGCCCCGAUGAGCUGGACAAGAUGGCCGAGAUCAUCGAUAAAGUCCGCGCCGAGGCCAAGGACGACAAGGCUUUCCUGCCCGUUUUCAUUACCUGCGAUCCUGCCCGUGAUACCCCUGAGGUCCUGCGCGAAUAUCUGAAGGAGUUCCACCCCGACAUCGUGGGGUUGACUGGUACCUAUGAGCAGGUGAAGAACGUCUGUCAUCAGUACCGCGUGUACUUUAGUACUCCCAAGGAUGUGAAACCUGGCGAGGAUUACCUAGUGGACCACAGUAUCUAUUUCUAUCUGAUGGACCCCGACAAUGACUUCGUUGAGUGCAUUGGUCGACAAGAUACGCCCGAGUCCGCCACUCGGGUCAUCAUGGAGCACAUCAAUGACUGGAAGCGGGAGGGCAAGCCUAUGAAGACUCUUUAA